AGAUGACAUGAAUCGACUUUGCUUCAAAUUUCAUCUUUAGGGCUCUGAAAAUUCCAGUGACAUUCAUACUUAUUUUGCCUUUCCAACUUUGUCCUCUUUCAUGAUUGACUCCGAGCUCAAUUCUGCUUUGCAAACCGAUGAUCGCAAUUUAGUAAAACUUUCACAUCUUUGCUCAAUUUCAUUCCCGACAAAACAUAAACUAGUUUCCUGGAGGAAGAGAUGGAUCUAGGAAGCUUCCCUUUUAGAAUUGAAGACGAUCCUGGAGAUCAGAGUGUAACAAUGACUAGAGACUACAAUGAGGAACAUAUUGAAGUUUCAUUAGGCAUGCCUUAUCUUGGUGCUGAUGUCAUUGAUGCGUUUGGUACUCGUAAGGAUGAACUAAGUUUUCCACUAGUUGUGACUGUUACCAAGAAGAGCGGACUCAGCCUAGAGUUUACCUGCUUGGCUUAUGCUGAUUAUAUUGACUUAACAGAUUUAACUGUGAAUUAUCCGGAGGAUUCUUUGGAGUAUCUAAUGGAAACUGACUGGCCUCGUUUCAAAAACUUGGACGAUAAUCUGAAGAAGGCGUUCCAAAGGUAUCUAGCGACCAGAGUUGAAACAAGCACAGCGAAACUCUUGCAUAAGUACAUGAUGAGCAAAAUAAAGAGAGAGUACUUAUCAGCAACUAAGCUCGCUUCCGUAUGUGGUCGAGUCCGGUCUAUCUCCGCGGUUAUGAACCAUCCGUCUCUAGAUUUCAACCCCUCUCCGAUGAGUCCUUUCGUCUCUCGUGGCUUUUUUAACUCGAUGGCUGUUGAUGAUAAGCUGAGCCCUGAGCAAAGCCUUCACCUUGUGAUUGACUCCGAGCUCAAUUCUGCUUUGCAAACCGAUGAUCCCAAUUUAGAGCAGAAUGAAGAGAUGGCUCCAGGAAGCUUCCCUUUUAAAAUUAGAGACAAGCCUGGAGAUCAGAGUGUAACAUUGACAGCAUAUUACAAUGAUGAACAUAUUCAUAUUGAUGUAGGAAUGCCUUAUCUUGGUGAUGAUGUCAUUGAUGUGUUUGGUCCUAGUAAUGAUGAACUAAGUUUUCCACUAGUUGUGACUGUUACCAAGAAGAACGCAGUCAGGAUAGAGUUUACCUGCAACGCUUAUGCUGAUUAUAUUGACUUAACAGAUUUAACCGUGCAUGAUUAUCCCUUUCCAAUGGGAGAAACUGACUGGCCUCGUUUCAAAAACUUGGACGAUAAUCUGAAGAAGGCGUUCCACAGGUAUCUGGCGACCAGACUUGAAGCAAGCAUAACGAAACUCUUGCACAAGUCAGCAUCUAAGUUGGCUUCUGUGUGUGGUGGUCAAGUCCGAUCUAUCUCCACCGUUGUGAACCGUCCGUCUCUAGCUCUCCUCAAGCCUUCACCGCUGCGUCCCUUCGUCUCCCGUGGCUUUCAUAACUCGACGGUUGUUGAUGAUCAUCAGCUGAGCUCCGAGCAAACGCUUCUCUGCGAGAUUGACUCCGAGAUCAAGUCUGCUUUCCAAGUCAAUGAUGUCGAUGAUGACGAAGACACGGCUCCAGAAAGCUUACCUUUCAGAAUUGAUGAUGAUGGAGGUGAGACUGUGACAUUGACUAGAGACUACGAAGGGGAACAUAUUAAAGUUGUAGUAGGCAUGCCUAGAACGUAUACAACUGGUGAUCCUAAUCAUGGAGAUGAUCAUGAGGAAUUAAAAAUUCCACUAAUUCUGAAUGUUACCAAGAAGAGCGGACUUAGCCUCGAGUUUCGCUGCGCGGUUUCUGAAGAUGAUAUCGACAUAGAUGGUGUAUUUGUGAAUCAUUCGGGGGAUUCUUCGAAGGAUCAACAGGCGAAUGAAGGGUCUGAUUUCAAAAAUGUGAAUUAUGAUCUGGAGAUGGCGUUCUACAAGUAUCUGGACACCAGAUUGGAAAAAAGCACACUUGAUUUCUUGUAUGAGUACAUGACGGAAGAUCGACAGUACGUGUUAUGGUUGAAGGAUGUUGAGAAGUUUUUGGAAGAAUGAAAAAGUAUGUUCGAUACUUGAGAGAAUCACAAACUUCAAAUGUGUUUUAGCAUUUUACUACAAUGUUUUAUUUUUAUUAGCAUCUGAAUAAUUAACUCAAAUCAAU